UUCAAUGUAUAAAGCAAUAAUUAUGUGUAUGCUAGCUUUUUGUUGUUUGUUAAAAUAUGGAUCAGAUCAAUUAUUUGUUUUUAUUUACAAUUUGUUUACUAAAUCAUAUAUCCUGUCAUAUUGUCAGCUUGGCAGCUGCAUAAAUCUAUAAGUAUCAAGUUUCAAAGAGCAGCUGCACAUAAAAUACUGUCAAGCAGUUAUCAACAUCGUACAAAUAAUUUAAAAGUUAACUUUAAUAAAUAAAAAAAUGAAGAUUCAAGAAUGCAUUCUUCUAAUUUUUGCCACAAUUUCAUUUUGGGCCGAACCAUUUUCUGCAGUCAACUGCCAACAAGGAUACAGCAACCCUCUUAAUCUCAACUGGCCGACGUCGGCCGACAUUUUAGAAUCGUCACCAUUCGGAUACGACAAAUCGUCGUUUGAAUCUAACUCGGACGAGGAAUCAUGCUGCAACUUAUACAACUUUGUCGUGAAAAGACCCAACGGACAGGACGUUUGUUUGAAACAAUACGCUGGAAAAGUGUUGAUCAUUUUGAAUUACGCGUCCGGAUGCGGUUUUACACAGGACAACGUUUGCACUCUGACGGAAUUUUCCAACAAGUACAGGGCAUGUGGCUUAGAAAUACUGGUAUUCCCCAGCAACGACUUCUCCCAGAACUUCGGCGGGAAUACUGCAGCCCAAAUAUUUGCAGAUAAUCAUCCUCAAUUCGAAGUGUUUGCAGAAAUUUGCGUAAAUGGUAGAGCACAACAUCCGAUGUACAGAUUUCUCAAGAAUAAGUUGCCCGGCGCAUUCAACACAAAAACUAUUAAAUGGAAUUUUACCAAAUUUGUAGUAGACAGGAAUGGAUGUCCUAUUCAACGAUUUGCGGCGACAGACGGUUUUACGGACCUAGAAGAAUUGAUACAAGAACUGUUGAAGAACCAAAAUUGCUAAUUCUACGUUUAACUCAGUAUCGUCCAGCUAUAGGUACCUACUCGGUUUACAAAGCGAACUCAUUUUUCCAUUAUAUCCAGAUUACAUCUGACAUAAAGGUACUUGUAUAAUGUUAUUAUAUUAAAUCGUUAUACUAUUCAAUCGUGCAUUUAACUUUUAUUUUGUUAUAGUUAUGUAUAGCGUUAUUUUAAUAAUUUAAAAUGAAGGUAUGAAACGAUUAUUAUGACUUUUUUUUACAAUUAAAAUGUAUUACACUAACGAAUAAUA